AUGCCCAGGCACGGGGCGAUACCACCGAUAAACUGGGAGCAUCCCGGGUAUUCAUAUCUAUCAUAUCGGACGGACCAACGGUGGCAGGCCAGUCGACACGGAGCUACUAAGGUUAUGAUUGCAGGAAUGACUAAAGGUCCAUCCACCCGACCCUCAGCAGACAGAGAAUCAAUCACGUUUUUCCAGGGCGACAUGGCAGGCACAGUUGGGGCCCAUGAAAGCCUCCUCGACCGACGCUGUUCAACCCUUGUAGCCUUUGGAGGAAGCCAUGUGCAGCCCCUCGGCCAUAUGUAUCUGACUAUAUCUUUUGGGGUAUACCCGAGGCAAACUAGCAUCACCACAGACUUUGUUAUGGCGAAGUGUCCUUUGUCGUACAACGUGAUCCUCAGGCGCCCAGCCAUUGGCAACCUGAACUUGUCAAUCAACAUGAAAGUUCUGCUCAUCAAAUUUCCUACCCUCCACGGAGUCAGUAUCAUAAGGGGAGAUCAGGAGUCACCACGAACCUGUUACGCCUCCUCAGCCAAACUGACCUACAAGAUGUCUUGUGUGGAGACCUAUGAUACUGCCAACCCGACCAGCGCUUCUAUGGUUGUUGACCAAGAGGAGAAAUCAGUCCCGUGA